UUGUCCUAUCUGCAAGUUGACAACCAAUACAAAAAGAAAGUAGGAGCAAUAACUUCUGUCUUGAAGAUGGACGUAUUCAGCGUUGUGUUCUUUGAUCUUGUGAAAUGGCGGAAGUAGUAGUCAUGCAGCGACCAGAUCUCUUCACAAACUUAUCGAAUAUAACAGGCAAUGAUAACAGAGGAGCUAUUUGUCAGCAGUCUCCUGUGAGCAUUCCUGGUGAAGAGCCAAUGGAAAUAGAGGACUACCCUGUGGUAGCCCUCUGUCAGUCUGGUCCUAUGGGUGCAGUUUUCGGUACCCAGGUCACAAACAAUGCCGCACCAAAAGAGGAGGAAAACUGUUCAAUAUGUUUGGACAAUUUCACAGAUAAGACUGCUUUACCUAAAUGUUCACAUGAGUUUUGUAAGGAGUGUAUAGAACAACAGUUUAAAUAUAAACCAGCAUGUCCAAUAUGUGGAACUGUGUAUGGUAAGAUCCAAGGGACGCAGCCUCCAGGACACAUGAACAUUACACGCUUAUCCACUGGUAACUUACCAGGAUACGAACAGUAUGGCAUCAUAUCAGUGUCUUAUUCAUUUCCAAAUGGAGUCCAAGGGCCUGAACACCCCCACCCAGGGAUAAGGUUCUCCGGAACAAGUCGAACAGGUUAUUUCCCAGACUGUCCUGAAGGGGUUAAGGUUGUCCGAUUACUCAAGAUGGCAUUUGACCGCCGUCUUGUCUUCACUGUAGGAAGGUCCAGGACGACAGGAGCUGACAAUGUUGUAACUUGGAAUGAUAUCCAUCACAAAACAUCGUUUACUGGUGGAGCUCAGAAUUUUGGAUACCCAGAUCCUACUUACCUCGCAAGAGUUACAGAGGAGCUUGCAGCAAAGGGUGUAAUAGAGGAGGACCUGGAUCAUACUACACUGAACAUCAUACACUGACUUAAGAAGACAUAUGUUAAUUUGUAAGUGAUAGAUGAGCCAAAUUGAUUUUAUAUGAGAAAGACAUUGGAAAAGUUGAUUGCCUUAGCAGUUUAAUGGAGUGAGAGUUGCUGAAAUAUUGCUUGUUACUCACCAGGAAAGGUCCAAGUACAUAUAUGUAUAUAGUUACUGUGAUAAUAUUAUGCCAUACAUCCUGUUAUACACAGAAUCUUCACAUAGUGACAGUCACAUGUGAUUAUGUCUGUAUUAGACAAUGUAAUGUUCCUCAGCUAAUAGAAAUAUUUAUAUGAAAGUUAUCAUAUUUUUUAUAAGUAAGGAGACACACAACAUGUUAGGUGCAUGUACAGUUGUAGGUAAUUUUAUACCAACUGAAUUGUAAUAAUGUGUCAGUUUAUGAUGUUUUUUCAUCACAAUUUGUAUUAACUUAUCAAAUUGACAAUAAACAUGAUCUGUAUAGUGACUAAAGACAACACACAGCUGGGUGUGACUGUGUGCUGUGACCAAUCACAGACAACACACAGCUGGGUGUGACUGUCUGCUGUAACCAAUCACAGACAACACACAGCUGGGUGUGACUGUGUGCUGUGACCAAUCACAGACAACACACAGCUGGGUGUGACUGUGUGCUGUGACCAAUCACAGACAACACACAGCUGGGUGUGACUAUGUGCUGUGACCAAUCACAGACAACACACAGCUGGGUGUGACUGUGUGCUGUGACCAAUCACAGACAAUACACAGCUUGUUGUGACUGUGUGCUGUGACCAAUCACAGACAAUACACAGCUUGUUGUGACUGUGUGCUGUAACCAAUCACAGACAACACACAGCUGGGUGUGACUGUCUGCUGUUACCAAUCACAGACAAUACACAGCUUGUUGUGACUGUGUGCUGUGACCAAUCACAGACAACACACAGCUGGGUGUGACUGUCUGCUGUUACCAAUUACAGACAACACACAGCUGGGUGUAACUGUUUGCUGUAACCAAUUACAGACAACACACAGCUGGGUGUGACUGUCUGCUGUAACUAAUCAAAGACAACACACAGCUGGGUGUGACUGUCUGCUGUUACCAAUCACAGACAACAAACAGCUGGGUGUGACUGUCUGUUGUAACCAAUCACAGACAACAAACAGCUGGGUGUGACUGUCUGCUGUAACCUAUUACAGACAACAAACAGAUGGUUGUGACUGUCUGCUGUUACUCAUUGCAGACAACACACUGCUGGGAAUGACUGUUUGCUGUUACUGAUCAUGGAAAACACAAAACUGUGUGUGACUCUCUGCUGUUACCCAUUACAGACAACACACAGCUAUGUGUGACAGUCAGCUGUUUUCAAAUCACAGACAACACACAGCUGGGUGUGACGGUCUGCUGUAACCAAUUACAGACAACACACAGCUGGGUGUGACUGUCUGCUGGUACGCCAAUCACAGACAACACACAGCUGGGUGUGACUGUCUGCUGGUACACCAAUCACAGACAACACACAGCUGGGUGUGACUGUGUGCUGUUACCAAUCACAAACAACACCUAGGUGGGUGUGACUGUGUGCUGUUACCAAUCACAAACAACACCUAGGUGGGUGUGACUGUGCUGUUACAAAUUGCAGACAACACAUAUCUAGGUGUGACUGUGUGCUGUUUUCAAAUCACAGACAACACACAGCUGGGUGUGGCUGUCUGCUGGUACACCAAUCAAAGACAACACACAGCUGGAUGUGAAUUUGUGCUGUAACCAAUCACAGACAACACACAGGUGGGUGUGACUUUGUGCUGUAACCAAUCACAGACAACACACAGCUUGGUGUGACUGUCUGCAGUAACCAAUCACAGACAACACACAGCUGGGUGUGACUGUCUGCAGUAACCAAUCACAGACAACACACAGCUGGGUGUGACUGUCUGCUGUUACUAAUCACAGACAACACAAAGCUCGGUGUGACUGUCUGCUGGUACACCAAUCACAGACAACACCCAGGUGGGUGUGACUGUCUGCUGGUACACCAAUCACAGACAACACACAGGUGGUGUGACUGUCUGCUGUUUCCAAUCACAGACAACACACAACUGGAAAUGACUGUUUGCUGUUACAGAUCAUGGAAAACACAAAGCUGUGUGUGACUGCCUGCUGUUACCGAUUGCAGACAACACACAGCUGGAAAUGACUGUCUGCUGUUACUUAUCAUGGACAACCCACAGCUUGAUGUGACUAUCUGUUGUUACCUAUUACAGACAGGGCACAGGAUGGUGUGAAUGUCUGCUGUUAUCAAUUCUGUGCUGAUUAAACUUUAUUUUUUGUCA